AUGUCUGCCCCGAAUUCAACGUCGUACGUCGCGAGGAGCGAUGCACUGGUCACUGAUCCUGCAGUGCAGGUGGUGGACGAGGGAAAACUCGUUGUUGACAUUGUGCAGAAAGCACAUCGCGAUCUCAUCGAGCAAACACGACAGCAAAUCCUUGUGCUAGAGCAAGAAACGAAUGAGCUACUCCAGCAGGUGCUCGGAAGCGAGCACGGAGCGGGCACGUCGUCGCAGCGGGCUCAGCGCAGCGACGACGCCUGUGACGCGGGCAGCGUUGCGGCUAGCGGCCGGGCGCGGCGACGACUCCACUACCUGCACAACCGCUUGGAACAACUUAGAAGCGAGCUGGUUGAGCUUGAAGCUGAACAAGUUCAUGAACUCGGAGAUCUUGCGAGCACCGACGGUUAUCGCAACGGAGAAGUUUCGUUUACACCAACGGGCUCGCCGGACGCACUAGCUUCGCAGCAGCUUGCGCGUACGCUCGAAGCAGGUCAUGCCGUAGGAACUGAGGCAGCUAUGGAACUUGCACCUGGACUUUGGCUUCCGCGGUCUCUGUAUGAGCGUUUGUUUCCGUACCAAAAGGAGGGGCUUGUUUGGCUCUGGUCGCUUCAUGUACAGGGUACCGGUGGGAUUCUGGGCGAUGAAAUGGGGUUAGGAAAGACUGUUCAGAUCAUCGCUUUUCUCGCAGCGCUCGACUACUCGGGACUCUUGAAAGGCCCGAUUCUAGUGGUGGCACCUGUCACUGUUCUGGACCAGUGGCGACGAGAAUUGGAAACCUGGUGGCCUCGACUGCAAGUGCGCGUCCUGCACGCCGUGCUGGGUAUCGGGGAGUCCGCGCUCCAGCCGAAUCAGUGUCCAUCGCAAGUUAUAUUCAUUACGAAUUACGAACACCUUCGCAUUCAUGCGAGUUGGUUUACCAGCCGACGUUGGGACUAUGUAAUUCUGGAUGAGGGCCAUCGCAUUCGGAAUCCCGAAGCAGAGGUCACACGAGUAUGCAAACAACUCAACACGGUACAUCGCAUUCUGAUGACCGGUGCACCCUUGCAAAACCGUCUUUGUGAGCUCUGGAGUCUCUUUGAUUUUAUUUACCCUGGCAGGCUCGGAACAUUGCAGUCCUUUGAGGAGGAGUUCAGCAUACCCAUAUCUCUAGGCGGUUUCGCGAACGCAACGCCCGCCCAGGUUCACAUCGCGUAUCGCUGUGCAUCGACACUGCGAGAUCUGAUUGCGCCCUAUCUUUUGCGACGCUUGAAAAGGGACGUUGCACUCCAGUUACCACAAAAACAGGAACAUGUUCUCCUCUGCAGACUGACACCCGAGCAGCGACGGAUCUACCAGAACUACCUUAAUGCCAUUGACGUCGAACGAGCCGCAGAUGGACAGCUGAACUUACUGCCAAUCAUCACGACCCUGCGCAAGAUUUGUAACCAUCCGCGGCUCGCGGCUGCUGAUCUCCAUGUAUCCGGCUCAGAGAGGAAGCUCCUGCGCCAGAGUACUUCGGGUAAGCUCCUCGCUUUGGAUCGCCUGCUGCACCAGCUCCGCGAGACGAAUCAUCGAGCGCUGAUCUUUUCGCAGACGCGUAGCAUGCUCACUCUGCUCGAGAAAACGCUGAACAAGGGGCAGUUCACGUACUUGCGCAUGGACGGUGAGACGAAUGUUGCACUUCGAGCCGAGUUGGUAGACCGCUUCAAUCACGAUAGCUCGAUUUUCGCCUUCCUGUUGACCACUCGCGUGGGUGGGCUCGGUCUCAACCUAAUCGGAGCAGAUCGCGUGAUUAUCUACGAUCCCGACUGGAACCCGGCGUCCGAUACCCAGGCCCGCGAACGGGCCUGGCGCAUCGGCCAGGAGCGCCCAGUUGUCGUCUAUCGCCUGUUGACGCGCGGCACCAUCGAGGAGAAGAUAUACCACCGCCAGAUCUUCAAAACGUUUCUCUCUGAAAAGGUUUUGCAUGAUCCUCGCAAGCGCCGAUUUUUCAAACGAAAAGAUAUACACGAGCUUCUGACGCUGCAUGAAGACGCUACAGACGAGGAUUUUGUUCAGGUUCAGGCGACUGCACGGGAGUCGCUCGCUCCGGUGAGCGUCGCAGCAGCAGCUGGUGAUGAUGCUGAUGCCGAUAAUCAUUGUAAGCUAGAUGCCAAGCAGAAUGAACAGCUAACAGCGGAGAUGCGGAUCAUGCGACAGUUACUGGACGGCAACGAUGCCCGUGCGCUUGAUCAAGUGGCGGCAGUCUUCAACCACGACUCCACGCUGGAGGUAUCAGGAAAGCAUCCCCGGACCGCAUUCGAUCGACAGGUGCUCCAGGCCGAGGCCGAUCGAGUCGCCCAACGAGCGCUGGCGGCACUGCGUCGUUCACUGAACCACCAGACGCCGACAACCCCGCUACCUGAACCAACGACACAGGCGCCGUGGCUCUGCUCGACAGCGACAGCGAACCGAGCACCUUCAUCGAAACUUGCGUCACAGGCACUGCUUCAGUGUCUGCACGAACGCGAAGCGGUCGAUGACGAUGAGGAGCAGGUUCGAAAGCUGCAGUCUCUUGUGCACGAGAUUACGUCGUAUUUACAGCGACGCGGGCCCGGGGCGACGACUGCGGAGCUUGCGGGCGCCUUUAAGUCCUCCUUGCGCGUACGCGGCAUCAACGCUGCCGAGUUCCGAGCAGUGCUCAAGCUUGUCGCCUAUCUGAGCGAAUCCGGUGAUGGCAACAGAGCUGUGUGGCGCCUGCGGGCAUCUGCGCUCCUGCCGGACACAUCUCCAGAGACGUGA